CGGCGGCAGCUGAUCCGUGCUGCUCUGCAUCUGGUGAUAAGGCGCAGGCGGUCUCCCAAGUCGCGAGGUCUGGAGACGGCGGCAGCGAACACAACCAGCCGCGACUGCACCUACAGGUUCUCAGGAGCGCCGGCAACGCAGGCAGUACAUCAUGACCAUUUCUGUCGAGCUGGAGAUGAAGCCGCCUCCUGAACAUGCAGCUGAAGGAAGCCGAAGAGCCAGCAGACUGAAGCAGCACCUGGCCGCCAUUGCUAUGAGCAUCGGGGCGCUGGGCACGGGCACGACACUCGGCUGGACCAGCGUGGCCAUCCCGGAGCUGCAGUGCGGCUACGCGUCUGCGGCCGGGGCGCGGUGCUACCAGUCCUGGCAGAUGGCCUGGGUCUCGGGCUGCAUGUCGCUGGGGGCGCUGGCGUUCUCGCUGCCCGUGGGGCGGCUGGCCGACGUGCUGGGCCGCAAGCGGGCCGGGCUCUGCCUGGGCCCCCUCUUCCUGGCCGGCUGGGCCUUCCUCAUCUGGGGAGACUCGCUGCCGUUGCUGUGUGUGGGCCGCCUGCUGACCGGUGCUGCGGGCGGAGCCUUCAACGUGCUGGCGCCGGUGUACAUCGCCGAGGUGGCCCAGAAGGAAGUCCGGGGAGCGCUGUGCGGCUACUUCCAGCUGCUGCUCACCGUCGGCACCCUCUACGUCUACGUGCUGGGUGCGGUGACCGGCCUUUUCUGGACCUCCGUGGGCUGCGCCGUGGUGCCCGCGGUCUUCCUGGUGGCACUCUCGCUGGUGCCCGAGACUCCCCCCUACCUGCUGCGGGGUGGCCGGGAGGCCGAGGCCCGGGCGGCCCUCCGCUGGCUGAGGGGACCGCGCUGGGAUGUGGAGGCGGAGCUGGCCGAGGCGAGGGCGGCUCUGGAGGAGGACUCCGGGAACGGGGGGUCCGGGUCCCUCCGCGAGGGGCUGAGCACCCCUGCUGCCGGUCGGGGAAUCGUCGCAGGGCUGGGGCUCGUCACGUGCUUCCAGCUCUGUGGCAUCAACGCUGUGCUUUUCUACGCGUCCGAUAUCUUCCUGAGAGCAUCGGGCGGAGCCCUGGAGGCGGAUACGUCUGCCGUGGUGGUGGGCGCCAUGCAGGUGGUGGCGACGCUGGUGGCGUCACUGGUGGUGGACCGCGCGGGGCGCAGGCCGCUGCUCGUGGCGUCCGCCGCAGUGGUGGGACUGUGCGCUCUGCUACUGGGCGCCUACUUCCAGCUGGACUCCAGUGGCGAGGCCGAGGGCCUGGACUGGCUGCCCCUCGCCAGCCUCUGCCUGUUCGUGGUGGCCUUCUCGCUGGGGCUUGGGCCCGUCACCUGGGUGCUGCUCGGAGAGCUGUACGCCCCCGAGGUGCGCGCCUUUGCAGGCUCCCUCUGCUGCCUCGUCAGCUGGACCUUCUCCUUCCUGGUCACCACCUUCUUCAGCGAGCUCAGCGCCGCCGUCGGCGUGCAGGGAACCUUCUGGAUCUUUGGCUCCGUGGCAGUCGCCGGCGCCCUGUUCGUGUUCUUCGUGGUUCCCGAGACAAAGGACCGGUCGCUGGAGGAGGUGCAGAGGCAGCUGUCUGGUGGGGCCCGAGUAUGGAGUUUGUCCUGCACCUGCAGAUGAGCCUCCUCACCUCGACAAAUCUGGAUGUUACAGUGAUCACCAUUCCUCUGGAUGAACCCACAUUCGUACACGAAUCAGCGAAUGGUAGUAACACGGUCUCACUUUUUCUAACAUCAGACAUUCACUUGACCACUUGGAACAAUCUAUUGGACCACAACAGGAACCCAGGCCCUCAUCUGCCACCAGUAAUGCUCUUCCAACUGAGCCACUACCUUUUUUUCAUAAAAUGAUACAAGUUUCCAGCUCAUGGACUUUAUCACAUUCAUUAGCUGAUUUAAAUAGUGCUCCAGAUCACGAUUCAUGACUUUUCUCAAGUAAAGCAGUUACCAUAUACUUACCAUGCACUUACAUACCAUCCUGUAUGCCUUAUUGGACCCGCUACAGUUGCAGGUUCGAAUCCUGCCUCGGGCAUGGAUGUGUGUGAUGUCCUUAGGUUAGUUAGGUUUAAGUAGUUCUAUGUUCUAGGGGACUGAUGACCUCAGAUGUUGAGUCCCAUACUGCUCAGAGCCAUUUUGAACCUUAUUGGACCAACACUUCUCGAACGACCGAAUUAGCAUAAAAUGGCUUGACCUUUGUAUAAUGACUGUCGCCAUAGUCGAAUUGAGAAUGCAUAACUAAACCGUUCCCAUAUAACUGAUCCCCUCUCCCCUUUCCUCCCCUCUCC